AAAAAAAAACACAAAAACGUGAGAUGGAUCUGCCGCCGAGCCUGGAAACGGUCUACGAGGCCGUGUGCACUUUGUACAGCAAUUCGAAUCCGGCUCAGUCGGGAAAAGCGUCGUUAUGGCUCGGGGAAUUGCAGAAAUCGGUAUACGCGUGGAAGAUAGCUGACGAGAUGUUACACGAGAAACGCAACAUAGAAUCCUGUUACUUUGCCGCGCAAACAAUGCGCACCAAGAUCCAACAAUCCUUUCACGAAUUGCCCCAAGAGGCCCAUGUGUCGCUGAGAAGUUCGCUGAUGGAACAUAUAUCCCAAAUCGACGAGCACACCAAUUCUGCCAUUGCCACGCAGUUGUGUCUGGCACUGGCAGAUUUGGCCUUGCAAAUGCCUUCCUGGCAGAAACCAGUGAUUGACUUAAUCAACAGAUUUGGACCGAACUCAACAACUGUAUGGGCACUGCUAGAAAUAAUGACGGUACUUCCGGAGGAAGUGAAUUCAAGAUCACUUAGAUUGGGGGAUAAUCACAGACAGCAUAUACUAAAUGAAUUCAAUGCCUGUGCGGACCAUGUGAUAGAAUUUCUAAAAUUGUGCCUGACAAGAAACAGCGAUAGUAUACAAAUCCAAAAUACUAUUUUCCGAUGUUUUACCAGUUGGGUAAUUGUUCACGCGAUACCGCUCGAAGCCGUGCCGUCUAGCGACGUGGUUGCUUAUGCUCUGCAAAUACUGGGCAACGACAUGGCCAAUUCGCAGCUACACGAAACCGCAACCGAUUGCAUUUGCGUGAUCUUGCAAGUGCUGGGCGAGGAGACGAACGACAAGCGCGACAACGAGCUGAGCGUGCAGUUGCAGCAGUUGCAACUUUGUCUGUUCACGAGCGUAAAGAACCUGGAGCCGCCGUAUCAUUUGUCCGUUGCGCACGAGGAUAUGGAAAAAUCCGUGAAUUACUGUCGAAUGUUCACCGAAUUGGCCGAGGCCUUUCUGGAAACGAUGGUAACCGGUUGCGAGGGCGGGAAGAAGCAUUACUCCGUCGAGAUAUUGGAUCUCGUUCUCACUUGCGUCGGUCAUCACGAUUACGAGGUUGCGCAGAUAACUUUUAAUCUGUGGUAUCGGCUGUCCGAGAUACUUUACCACAAAAAUAGCGACGAUCUUACCGCUGUGUUUCGGCCGCACAUCGAGAGACUGAUCAACGCCCUCCGCAGACAUUGCCAGAAGGAACCCGAUCACGUGGGUCUGGUGGAGGAAGGUGGCGGAGGAGAGGAAUUUGUCGACUUCCGAAAUCGCGUCUCGGAAUUGAUCAAAGAUGUUGUGUUUGUGGUCGGGAGCAGUCACUGCUUCCGACAAAUGUUCUCGUCCCUCACCGAAGGACCUGGAUCGGACGGUCAGCCUCGGGAUCCGCCCACGUGGGACGUGACCGAGGCCGCGCUCUUUGUUAUGCAGGCGGUCGCGAAAAACAUAUUACCCUCUCCGUGCAACAGGGAGGAAAACGACGUGGUUCCGAAAGUGGUGGAGGCCAUUCUCAAUCUGCCCGAGAACACCCACAUAGCCGUGCGUUACACGAGUAUUCUCUUGUUGGGCGAGUUGUGCGAAUGGAUAGAAAAGCAUCCGCAGUCGUUACAACCGGUGUUAAAUUUCCUAUUGGCGUGUUUAAGUAAAAAAGGUUUGGGAACCGCCGCCUCGGGCGCGCUGCUGAGUAUAUGUACGGCCUGUCCGUACAUGGUGUCGCAUUUUUCUGGACUUCUGCAGAUAGCACGUUCCCUUACCGACUUCGAUAUUAGUAACGACGCGGCCGUCAGCCUGUUGAAAGGAAUAUCGGUAGUCCUGGCGAGAUUGCCACACGAGGAACUCACUCCGGCGAUGAGAGAAUUGUGCUACCUUCAAGGAAGUCCCCUGUUGACGCUCUCCCGUCAGUUAGUCCCGUACCAGAGAGGAUCGAUGAUCGACCCUGUGGUUUGGCUGGAUAGAUUAGCCGUUAUAUUCAAGCACACUCGUCUUCUGAUCGAUGAUAUUAAUAAACCUCACCCUUGUCAGAGCGUGCUGACCGAAGUAUGGCCAGUGUUGUCCGGCAUCUUGGAGACAUAUCAAAAGGACGCGAGAGUCAUAGAGAGAUGUUGCCGUUGCAUACGUUUUGCGGUGCGCUGCGUGGGCCAACACUCCGCCCAUUUGCUCGAGCCGAUCAUAAAACGGAUCGUGCCAUUAUACACGGCGCACAAACACAGUUGCUUCUUGUACGUCGGUUCGAUAUUGGUGGACGAGUGCGCAAUCGAUUCGGAAUGCAUAUGGAAUCUGUUGAAUAUGUUGCAAGCUCUCAUCUAUCCCGCUUUCGCUCUUCUCGAACAGGAAGACGGUUUGAAAAAUCAUCCCGACACGGUCGACGAUCUGUUCAGGCUGUGUGCCAGGUUUGUUCAGAGGGCUCCUAUUCCUUUGUUACAUUCUUCUGUUAUCGGGAGCAUAGUAGAUUGCGCCAUUUUAGCUUGCAGUUUAGAUCACAGAGACGCCAAUAGUUCAGUAAUGAAAUUCUUCUACGAUCUUUUGCAUUGCGGUCGCAGUUACAAGGAUAGCUCGGAUUACACGAUGCGACAACAAUUGAUAAAAAAUAUGCUGCAAGGAAAAGGUCAGAUAUUGGUCACAAAGUUGCUACACGCCGCGGUGUUUGAGUUGUCUUCCUACAUGUUGUCCGAUGUGGCGGACGUCAUCAUAGAACUCACUCGGACCGAUACGGAGCAAAUGUCAAAGUGGCUGGAAGAAGCUAUCAAAACAAUGCCGUCGCAAAAUGCGGGCGGAGCUCUUACGGCCACGCCCGAACAGCUACUCGAAUUUCACAGCACGGUCACAAGGUCAGAUUCACCGAAAGACGUCACACACGCUCUACGAGAUUUCGCGCGCCUUUAUCGUUGAUAUGCUUUAAUGUAUAUUUUACAUUUAGUAAAUUCUCCUCCCUUUCCUCCUCUCAAAAAAAAACCAAAAAAAAAAAAAACAAAAAAACAAAAACCAAAAAAAAAAAAAAACAAGUAUGCAUUUUUGCUAAAAGAAAAAAAAAACAUCUUCCAACGAAUUUCGAUCAUAGAGACUGUGUACAACAAUAUUAAUAGCAAAAUGUCGUGACACGAUCGAGUGCGGUAAAAAACUAUUGGAAAAAAAAAUUCCAAGAUUCGACACGAUUAUUAUUUGUCAUCUUGUUCGCAAAGUAUACUGAGAAUAAAAAUACUGUUAUUAUCAUUUAUACUAAAACAAAAUUAGUAUUUGCACGUCCUUGUAUGAUUGAUUAUUAUUAUUAUUUUUUUUUAACAGUUCUUUUGUCACUUUUAUACGAGAGAUAUAUACGCAGUUGUCACCUGCGAGCUGUACGGAUACCAUUUAUAUUAUUUGUAAGCAAAUAUGAGUUUAAUAAUGUAAUCUCGACCGGUGUACAAUAAUCUUCUUUAGGAACACAAUUGUUUUUUAAACGAUCAAAACUUUUAUAUACUUUGCCAACAGACCGUUAUAAAUAAUAAACGUGCAGAAACCACGAUGGAUACAUUUGAUUUACUCGUGUGUAAACUUACUUCUUUUUGGACUUGGUUCUUACAUUCACACAUGUAAGACGUUCCCACAUUGCAUUGACUCUAAAGAAAAAAAUUUGUAUAUUUAUAUAUAUUUUUUUUAAAUCUCUUGGUCUCUUAAUGUUUCGACAAUGAUUACAAUAAAUAAAAAAAAAGGCAUUGAUAAAAUUUUUUUUAUUGAGUAUCUGUAACGACAUUUCGUC